AUGUUACCUAAGGGUAAUAAUAACUACAGCGAAGUUAAUAAAACGAUUGAAGAUGAUUAGUCUCAAAUUUAGCUUGAAAAAGAAUAAAGAACUUUAAUAUUAAUUUCAAAAUCCAGUAAAGGAUAUAUUUUGAUUACCUAAAUGAAUAUCGAUUUAGAAAAUAAGAAUAUUAGAUUUCUUACAUCUUUCGACUGGUAAAAUUCAAAGAUAUAUAUUAGGAAUAGUUACUUCUAUAGAAACAAAGCUAUAUAAGAUGGAGGAAGCAUUUAUCUGAAGCAAGUAGCUCCACUUGUGACAUUAUAUAACACUACUUUUGAUUCAUGUUCUAGUGGAAAUUUCGGAGGUGCCUUAUAUAUGUAUUAAGUAAAUGCUACUAAUUGCACUUUUAUCAAUAAUAAAAGCAAAGUUGGAGGUGUUUUAUUUACAGUUUUACGAGAAUCUAACAUAUUAAAUUCUUAAUAUAUUAACAACACUGCAAGCAUAACUUCGCCAAAUGCUUAUUUUUGUCCUCCAUAUGCUCAAGACAGAGAUCAAAUUUCUUGUGAAAUUUUUUAAAUAGAAAAUAUUUUUGAAUAUAAUUAACAAUUACAAAACACACCUCUCUAUAUAAAAGAAAUCAAUUAUACUCUUUAGACUGAUUUUAAUUCUAAAAAUACUCUCAGCUUAUAAGCUAAGUUGAUGUAUGGAAUUGUUUAUAUUAUAAAAUUGAGAUUAAACAGCAUAAAUUUUACUUAGUAUUCGCCUUAGCUGUCUUUCGGAAAUGUCUAUAGUUACCUUACACAAAAUUACCAAUAGUACUUUUCUCCAUUCUCAGUACCUGAAGUCAAUUAUCCUUAUUUAGUUGUUACUUAUGUGCCUAAUUUAGAUUGCUAAAGCUCAAACCAAUUAAUAAGGUUUGAUUUUUUUUAAAGCUCUUUUUAUACUCCAGGUUGUUUUGAGGUUUCAUCUUAAUGCAAAGCAGGCAUGCAGCAGCUAACUUCAAUAAGCUAGGAAUAAAUAUUCUAGCAAUGUCAGUACUGCAAUUUAGGUCAAUUUUUAUACAAAACUAAUUACUCAUGCUUGACUUGCAACCCAAAUUAUUACUCAAGCUGCUACUCUAAUUUAACGUUUCUAGUGAAUGGGUAUUGGAGAAACGAAUUAGUAGAAGAUGAAAGUUCAAUUUACCAAUGUAACUUAAAUCCUUCUAACUGUGAAAGUGAAAAUAGAAUAGGUAUUGGUAAUUCCUUAUGCAAGGAAGGAUAUAAGGGAGAUUAAUGUUUAGCUUGUGAUUUAGAUGGUUCAGUUUGGGGUGAAUCGUAUGGAGGAACAGGGAACAAGCUUCCUCAGAUAAUCCUAAGCUACAGUCUACAUAAAAAUCCUUUUAUUCAACUUUUAGAUUUAUCUCUCCGCGUAUUAUUUUAUCGAUUUUAACAAGCAAAAUGA